AUUUUAACUCCACCAAACAAUUAAGCAUACACACUUGUGUCUCUUUUCCUUCUUCAUCUCAAUCAUGGCAGCCGAUGCAGUUGUUUCGGCUGUGUUGGAAAAAUUGACUUCAAUUGCUCUAGAUGAAAUAGAGAAAGAGGUGAGACGAGUUAUCAAUGUUCGUAGAGAAGUGAACAAGCUCAGUAGCAAUUUUCAAGCCAUCAAAGCUGUUUUGGAGGAUGCGGAGCGACAGCAACUGGAAAAGGGGAAGGCCAGUGUUCGAGAUUGGUUGGACAAGCUCAAGGACGUCUCUUAUGACAUUGAUAAUGCAUUGGAUGAGUGGAGCACUACAAUUCACAAGUCAGAACUUGAACCGAAGGUAUGUUCCUUCGUCCCCUCUCCUUCCUAUUGCUUUAAUAGAGGGAAAUUGCUUCUCAAAACUCCACACAAGAUACAAGCUUUGAAUGAGAGGCUAGAUGUUAUUGCAAAUGAGAGAAAAAGGUAUGGGUUUAAGGAAAUAAAUAGUGAAAAACCAAAACGAGAUGAAACCACUCCUUUUGUAAAUGUAGCAGAGGUGAAGGGUAGGGUUGAGGAUAAGGAGAGGAUAGUAAAUAUGUUGCUGAAUGAGGGUAGAGUUGAAGAAAUAGGAUCAGAAAUUCAGAUGAUUUCCAUAGUAGGCAUUGGAGGGAUUGGGAAGACUACUCUUGCUAAAUUAGCCUUUAAUAAUGAGGAAGUAAAGUCUCAUUUUGAGCAGAAAAUAUGGGUGUGUGUUUCUGAUACUUUUAAUGAGAUGAGGAUUGCCAAAGAUAUUGUUAAAUCUGUGAUGGGUAAUGCUGAUAAAGAUGUCAUUGAGAAAUUGCAUAAAUUGAAUCAUACUGCUGGAAAAAUGGAUAAAUUGAUGGAUGCUAUUGAAAAAAUGGAUAAAUUGAAGGAUGUACUGCAAAACCUUAAAACCUCAAUUGAGGGUAAGAAAUUCCUACUUGUCCUAGAUGAUGUGUGGACUGAACAGUAUGGAAAGUGGGAUCAACUGAAACUCUUGUUGAGUUAUGGCUCCCAAGAAAGUAAGAUCUUAGUGACCACUCGCAAGGAGAAUGUAGCAAGAACUAUGGGUUGUUCUAUAUUGUUCACACUGGGGCAAUUAUCUAAAGAAGAAGGUUGGUCAUUGUUUAGUCAAAUAGCAUUUUUUGGGAGGUCUAAUGAUGAUUGUAGAAAUUUGGAAGAAAUUGGUAGGAAAAUUGCAAACAAGUGCAAAGGCUUGCCACUGGCUUUGAAGACAUUAGGUGGCCUUAUGCGCUUAAAACAAAACAUAAUAGGAUGGCAAAGUGUGUUAGAAAGUCAACUAUGGGAACUUGAAGAGGCUGAGGAAGGUCUUUUCCACCCCCUAAUGUUUAGUUAUUUUGAUUUACCACCACACUUGAGGCAGUGUUUCUCAUAUUGUGCAAUCUUUCCAAAAGACUAUGUGAUAGAGAAAAAAAUGUUAAUCGAGUUAUGGAUGGCACAAGGUUUCCUCAAGGGGACUCAAGAUAUGGAGAUGGUAGGGGAAAACAACUUCAAUGACCUGUCGAUGCGCUUCUUUUUUCAAGAUUUUGAAAUGGAUGAAAAUGGUGGCAUUAUCAAGUGCAAAAUGCAUGACAUGGUGCAUGAUUUUGCUAUAUUUCUGACUAGAGGUGAGUGUUUGACAAUGGGAAGUAGUAGCAGCAUUCAACAUUCUAAUGGCAGAACUCGUCAUUUUUUUUGGAUGAUGCAAACAGAAAAGACUACUGCAAUUCAGACUUACAUUGAAAACUUGCACACUUUGCUUAUUGAGUCAUAUGGAAGAAAUCCUAUUUCUCAUAUUGAAUUAUUGAAAUUGUUUGAUAAGCUUAAAUGUCUCAGGAUAUUGAAAUGUUCAGAUUCUAGAAUUAACAAGUGUCCAAAACAAAUAGGCAAAUUGAUACAUUUGAGGCAUCUUGACUUGUCAAAAAAUAGGGAGUUAAAGAAAUUGCCUAAAGCAGUAUGUGACUUGUAUAAUUUGCUUAUACUAGACAUAAGUGGAUGUUACGGACUUAAAAGACUUCCUCAUAGAAUGGGAAAUCUUAUCAACUUGUUGCAUCUUCGAAAUGAGAGGAUAGCUCUGAAUUUCAUGCCUAAAGGCUUGGAGAAAUUGACUGGUUUGAAAACAUUGAAUGUGUUUGUGGUGACUCAUAAAGGAGCUGCACUUAGUGAUUUGGGGAACUUGAAUCAUCUUUGUGGGAGUCUUAGCAUAGGAGGAUUGGGAAGUGUCAAAGAUAAGAGGGAAGUAGAAAAGGCGCAACUACAGAAUAAGAAGGGGAUUACUAAUUUGACUCUAAAAUUUGAUCUCAAUGGUUUGCCGGUGAGCCGAGCUAAUGAAUUGGAAACAUUAGAAUUUCCCUUGGGGAAAUUGCCUUCUCUAGAAUCACUCACGGUGGAUGAAAUAGUGGGCCACACAAAUCCAAUUGUGUGGGCUGGCCCAAGUUGGAUAACUCCAUUAACCAACCUGAAGAACAUGGUGAUCGAGGGUUGCCAGUUGGAACAUUUGCUUCCUUUGGGGAAAUUGCCUUCUCUAGAAUCACUCAAAGUAGAUUCAAAUUACAAAGUGAAAAAGGUGGGAGUUGAAUUUUUGGGGAUAGAAACGUCUUUGUCUCCAUCUUCAUCAUCCGUUUUCGCCUUCCCCAAUUUGAAGUCACUGACUUUUAACUUGAUGGGAGAGUGGGAAGAGUGGGAUUAUGAAAACAGAGGAGAAGAGGAUAUCACAAUCAUGCCACGUCUUUCUUCCUUGACAAUUAAUUGUUGUCCAAAGUUAAAGAUGUUGCCGGAUUAUAUUCUCCAAAGUACUACCCUGCAAGAAUUGAGAAUUGUUUACUGUCCAAUUAUUUCAAAACGCUGCAAAGAAGACUACCAGCCCUUUAUCAACCGCAUUCCUCACUCCAAAGUGUUAGACUAAGACUGGGGAGUCGAACUCAGACUUUGAGUAACUCGCAAAAAAGGAAGGGUUAUUUUUGGGCUGUUUGUGUGCUUUAAAAAAAAAAAAAAAACACUUUCAAGUUUUCUUAGGAUUUUCUUAUAACCCAUUUUCCUAUUAAAAAAACAAAAAGCCAACUAGGCUUUCACAUGGGAAUGGCUUGGCCUGUGUUACCCAUGCCACAUGCCAACCCGGGCACUGGGCAUUAACAAGUGGGCUUUCAUUUUCUUUGUGUGUUUUUGCUAUUUUCAUGGGUCAUUUAGGAUCGAAAAUGAAAAAAAAAAAAAGAAGUUAUCUUUCGUCUUUUUGUAAUCUUUUUUUUUUUUUAUGGCCUUGUAAUGUUUGUUUUAACAUAGUGAAUUUUCA